AUGAUACUGUCAAAAACACUUAAACUAAGAACUAUGGCAACCAUGAGGACGUGGAAUGAGUCUGUGGUGAUUAUGGACAAAAAAUCUAAGUUCCAGGGAAGGUGUUGCAGUAUAAAAAGUCAAGACGAAAUUCCUAAGAUUCUACAAACUUUGGUAGAUUCUAACAAAUCGGUGAGCAAAGCAAGCCACCAGCAUAUGUAUGCAUGGAGAACGGGUGAAACCGCAGUAGUACAAGUUCUGGGCUCAAAAAGAGGUAAAAAGGGUGCAAAAGUAGAGACUCAAAUACGGAACUUGGAACAAGGCUUUAGUGAUUGUGGGGAAGCUGGGGCAGGACAAAGAUUACUCGUACUACUUGAAAGAAGCGGUGUAGUGAAUGUUUUAGUUGUGGUUACGCGUUGGUACGGAGGAACCCCACUAGGUAGUGCACGGUUUAGACACAUCGCGGCUGCCGGUGUUGAAAGCCUUAAGAAGUCUGGUUGGAUUUCGUGA